CUUCUUCUCCUCUUAUUUUUCAAUAAAAUAUUCUGAAAAAAAAGGUAAUCACAGCGAUCUUCUUAAAAGUGAAACAAACCUCCUGUUUUCAUUUUUCCUUUCUCUUAUAUAUGUGCGGGGUUUCGGCCAUUGGAGAAGAAGAUGCAGUGCCUCUCCUUCAAUCUCAAUUCAUCGGCCCAAUCAUUUCCCAGCUCGCCUCAGUCGCAACAUCAAUCUCAAACUCAUCCGAACGGUCUAAAUUCUUGCCCCCCACCAAAUUCGCAAGGGAAUUCAACUGACGAAACACCCAGAUCCAGCACAACUCAGCUAUCACCCUCCUUCAAUCUCACUGACGAAUACACUCGCGCGUUGCAGACCAAUUCUUACAAUGAGAUUCGCUCCAGAAUUGAAGAUCAAGUGCACGUCGAGAACUCGAUCGAAACCGACGGUAUGGAAGACAGCUAUCAGCUGAGUUUGUCGCAGGUACUGCACCCCAACAGAGAAUCCGUCCACCAAGCUCUUCGCCACACCGACCCCAAGGCUACUCUCACUCGCUUGGUUUCUACCUAUUUCGAUCACAGCGAAAGCAUCAGCACUCUCUGCCUCGAGCUCUACAAAUGCAUAUCUAAUGCCCGUUUCCUUUAUGGUCCCGUUACCGAGCUUCUUCAAGUGUUCCCCAAUGAACUAAGUUCCAUCAAUCACUCGCAGUGUGACUGGGCUUUCGAUAUUUUCCUCAAAUUCAAUAGCCUCGACAAUCCUUUUCCUUCCCCUGAUUCUCAUAACUUCAACGAAAUGCGCCGCAGUUUCUCCCAGCUCAAGGAACAGCUUGAUCAGCGCCUCCACAAAUCCCGUUCCAGAGGUCGUAUCUUGGACCGCGCAAUGACCCGAUCUGCCAUUUGUCUCAUCGGCACUGUCCUCGGGGUCGCUGUUACAGCCGUGGUUAUCUCCACUCAUGCACUUGCUGCUAUUGUAGGCCUUUUUGCUACCCCCCUUUGUCCCAUUUAUGUUCCGAGUCGUGUCCAGAAGAAACACAUUGCUCAACUGGACGCUGCCGCCAGUGGGUCUUUUUUCCAUAUCAAAGACCUUGACACCAUCGUCUGCCUUGUUGCCUGGUUACAUGAUUCGGUCGAGCGAGACAAGGAGCUUAUACGGUUUGGACUCGAGAGGGGUAGGGACAUAUACCCCAUACAUGAAGUUGUGAAACAUCUCCGCAAUAACCAUGGCAAAAUUUUUGACCAGCUCAAAGAACUUGAGGAGCAUAUAUGCCUUUGCUUCAAUGCCAUUAAUAAAUUUAGAGGUAAGCUCCUCGAACAGAUUCAUCUUCAUCAGUAUACUGAUUCUUGAUAGUCUCACUGCCAAUGUAAUAC